AUGUGGAUUACUGCCUUUGCAGACCCUGUAGGAGUUUUCAACUUUGCUCAUUUGUGUUCCGGUGCCUUUCAUGGAUGGGGUCGGGCUGUUCAGUUCUGUGAAGAAACCAUCGUAGGAUUUCAUGUGGUGUCAAGUGUAGCUGUUGACUCUGAUGAGCAAAUCUGCCGACUGGCUGCUCGCACUUGUGAUGCUCAAAUAGUGUUUUUUCCAUGGGGAUCCAUCACCAAGUCGCUCAAACGUAACACCGUGGUUUGCGCUCAGAUUGAACAACAUGUGUGGAUGAGUAGCAUGCACAAUCCUUGCAACCUUGUUUGGACUGUGUCGACCCCGUGCCAACCUUUUUCCAGCGCCAAUCUUAUGCCAAGCGGGUUCAAUGCCAAGGAUGGCAGAGUGGUCGUUCAUGUCUUGAAAGCAGCCAGAAUCAUCAGGCCAAUGGCCUUGUUGAUGGAAAAUGUGGAUGCGUUUCAAUCCCAUGAGCACUUUAGGAUUUUUGAAAGUUUUGCAAAGUGGGCAGGCUAUCAGUUGGUUUGGUCGCAAGUGGUCAAUGCCAAGGAUUUGACUGACAACACCCGUAGCCGAUGGCUCGGGAUUUUGCUCCGUAAUGACCUUGAUGACAAUCAUCCAGUGCUGAAGGCAGCCUUCAAUUUGCACGAGGGUUUCGUGAGUCCAUGGCAUGCUCUUGAAAACCAGUUUGCUAUUCCGAAGGUGUUAGAGGAUGUUGCGGAGCAGUGUGGCAUUGCGCCCGAAGCUUGUUGUGACUUCCUUUUUUUCGAUGGGGAGUGUCAGCGUGUUGCCGUUCAGCCCAAUGCUUUGAUUGAUCGAAUCUCACCUUCAGUCAACGGGAAGCUCGUUUCUCUGGAUACAAGGGUUGGUGAAAUUGAAAUUCCUUUGAUUCGUUUGAGAGCUUUUCCUCUUCCGGGAGGGGGCAAAGGAAAUGGCAAAGCACAAGGAAAAACAAAUUCAAGUGACUUUUUGCAGCAGAAUGAUCCUUGGGCCAAGAUUGUCCCAUCGAAUGGUGGAUGCCGGUGGGAUCAGCUUCAGUUGAUGGAGAACCACCCACGGUUUUGCAAAGACACUGGCAAACGUCUUAACCAAAUCCCCGGGGUCCAGCUGGGGCCCGACAAAGGAGGAGUGGUCUUUGUCACUAAGGCUGAUCUUCAUGAGCUCUCACAAGUAGCCCCAUCAUCAACGACCUUGUUGCUGAUCCCAGGUUUUCGAGGGUUGCAGAAUCUCGAUGUUCCCAAGAAUUUGAUGAUGCUGGCAUCGCAGCAAAUUACGGUUAGGGAACCUGCUUCGAAUGUUCAGUACAAGCGACUUGUUGUUCCUUUCGUGCUGAAAGGAAAUGUGGAGUACAAAGUUGAAGAAACACCAGGCGUUGUCAAUGUUGAUUCUGCUAGCUUUUCCGAACUGGUUGUUGAAACGCAUUCAGGUUGCAUGACGCACAAUACUGUUGCGAUGAUGGAGGAUCACCCUCUGGGUUGCUUCAAGAAAUUGAUCACAGCCAGUGGAAUCGCCCUUUCUGAAAUGUCCAUCUAUAGCUAUCGAAAAAUGAAAUGCGCUGAUGAUCAGAUCAUACACCAAUGCAUGAUGAAGAUCCCCCAUGGCUCUCUUGAUGAGCUGCUCAAACAUUCGGGGCAAGCUGAGCUCUUUGUGAGACAAUUCAUCCAACCUCAGGAGGAGACGAAUCACUCGAUUUUGCCUAGAUAUUUUGCAAUCAACCCUGAAGACGUCCGUAGUGCCAAACUUCUGGGUGAAUCGGUAGGGGAUGGAUAUAGAGGGCUAGCCUUGACAGCCAAAGGUGUGGCUAUUCGUGCCAGAAAUGCGAAGUUGGCUGAUGCUCGUGCUUUGGUUUUGCAAACAGACAUGAGGUUCACCGACCUCAACAGGGCUGUGGUCAGCAAAUAUGUGUUCAUUUGUCAGGGGUACCCUUGGGCCAUCUCUCACAAAAGCCUCAUCGAAGCCACGUUCACUGCUGUGAAGACGGCCCCGAUUCCACUGCGCAGUUACAGAGAUGGCGGCAUGAUUACGUGGGUCCUUGCGUUUGGAGAGCAGCCAGCAUGCAAUACUUUCACGGUAAAGAUGGAUUCCAAACUUUUUGAAAUUGUCAUGACCCCUCAAAGUUCGAACAAGAUUCAAAUCCCAAAGAAGAAGAGCGGAUUCAAUGGCUCCAUUGCGUCGGUGCCCAAACCAUGGAGACUUAAGUCACCCCAUGGCAAAGGUUCCUCAGGACCAGCCGCGAAUGCAACAAGUGCCACACAGAUCAAUGUUUCGGGUGAUGACCGAAAGUAUCAGCAAUUGGCCGAUCGAGUUUCGAAGUUGGAGCAUGGCCAAGUAGAGUUGUCAAAGAAGAUUGACGACAAAUUUGAUGUGGUCUCCGAUCAGUUGAAGCAGGUCCUUGCUGCGGUUGUGCCCAAAAGUGAAGCCCAUUCUUUCCGAGCUCGCCAAGACGGCCACACGGGUGAAACGCCACCCUCGAAAUCCCAAAGGAAUCAGUGA